GGUCAGUAGCCUGUCCUGUCAACACAACUCACAGUGAAAGUGAUGCCUUUUCUCCAUUUGCACAAAAUGAGUAAGAUGUGGUUGACCAGACCACGAGCUCAACCUCACACAGAGUCCAGCCUACUGCUCUGAUGCCGAAGGGGAGGCAGAAAGUGCCACACUUGGAUGCCCCCCUGGGCCAGCCCACCUGCCUCUGGCUGGAAUUAGCCGGGCUCUUCUUACUGGUUCCCUGGGUCAUGGGCCUGGCAGGGACAGGUGGGCCUGACGCCCAGGGUCCAGGGGGACUGAGCUGGGCUGUGCACCUGGACAGCCUGGAUGGUGAGGGGGAGGAAGAGCCACUGGAGCGGCAGGCAGACGCUUUGGCCCAGGCAGCAGGGCUGGUGAACGCCGGACGCAUUGGAGAGCUCCGGGGGCACUACCUCUUUGUCCAGCCAGCCGGGCUCAGGCAGACCCUGGGGGCGGAGGCCCUCCGACAGCAGGCGGAAGCUGUGCUGGCCAGGCAUGAAGCCGUGCGCUGGCACUCAGAGCAGAGGCUGCUAAAGCGGGCCAAGCGCAGCAUCCACUUCAAUGACCCCAAGUACCCGCAGCAAUGGCACCUGAACAACCGGCGGAGCCCCGGCAGGGACAUCAACGUGACGGGUGUGUGGGAGCGCAAUGUGACUGGGCGAGGUGUGACAGUGGUGGUAGUGGAUGAUGGAGUGGAGCACACCAUCCAGGACAUUGCACCCAACUAUAGUCCUGAGGGGAGCUAUGACCUGAACUCUAAUGAUCCUGACCCCAUGCCCCACCCGGACGUGGAAAAUGGUAACCACCACGGCACACGAUGCGCGGGAGAGAUUGCAGCUGUGCCCAACAACAGCUUCUGUGCCGUGGGCGUGGCCUAUGGGAGCCGCAUCGCAGGGAUCCGGGUACUGGAUGGACCUCUCACAGACAGCAUGGAGGCUGUGGCGUUCAACAAGCACUAUCAGAUCAAUGACAUCUACAGCUGCAGUUGGGGACCAGAUGAUGACGGGAAGACAGUGGAUGGCCCCCAUCAGCUUGGAAAGGCUGCCUUGCAACAUGGAGUGAUCGCUGGCCGCCAGGGUUUUGGGAGCAUCUUUGUGGUAGCCAGUGGUAACGGGGGUCAGCACAACGAUAAUUGCAACUACGAUGGCUAUGCCAACUCCAUCUACACAGUCACCAUAGGUGCUGUGGAUGAGGAGGGACGGAUGCCUUUCUACGCAGAGGAGUGCGCCUCCAUACUGGCAGUCACCUUCAGCGGUGGGGACAAGAUGCUCCGGAGCAUCGUGACCACUGACUGGGACCUUCAGAAGGGCACUGGCUGCACUGAGGGCCACACAGGGACCUCAGCUGCAGCACCUCUGGCAGCUGGCAUGAUAGCCUUAAUGCUGCAGGUGCGGCCCUGCCUCACAUGGCGUGACGUCCAGCAUAUCAUUGUCUUCACAGCUACCCAGUAUGAGGAUCGCCGUGCAGAUUGGGUCACCAACGAGGCAGGCUUCAGCCACAGCCACCAGCACGGGUUCGGCCUACUCAAUGCUUGGAGGCUUGUUAAUGCAGCCAAGAUCUGGACAUCUGUCCCUUACUUAGCAUCUUACAUCAGUCCCAUGUUAAAAGAGAACAAGGCUAUCCCUCAGUCCCCCCGUUCACUGGAGGUCCUGUGGAAUGUCAGCAGGAUGGACCUGGAGAUGUCAGGACUGAAGACCCUGGAGCACGUGGCAGUGACAGUCUCCAUCACCCACCCACGGCGUGGCAGCUUGGAACUGAAACUGUUUUGCCCCAGUGGCAUGAUGUCUCUUAUCGGCACCCCCCGCAGCAUGGACUCGGAUCCCAAUGGCUUCAACGAUUGGACCUUCUCCACUGUGCGAUGCUGGGGGGAAAGAGCUAGAGGGAUCUACAGACUCGUGGUCAGGGAUGUGGGGGACGAGUCAUUCCAGGUCGGUGUCCUCAGGCAAUGGCAGCUGACCCUCUAUGGCUCCGUGUGGAGUCCCAUGGACAUCAGGGACAGACAAAGGCUGCUAGAAAGUGCCAUGAGUGGAAAGUACCUGCAUGAUGGCUUUGCUCUGCCCUGCCCACCUGGGCUGAAAAUUCCUGAGGAAGACGGUUACACCAUCACCCCUAACACCCUCAAGACCCUGGUGCUGGUGGGCUGUUUUACCAUCUUCUGGACUGUUUACUACAUGCUGGAAAUAUAUUUGAGCCAGAGGAAUGUGGCUUCCCAUCCAGUUUGUAGGAGCGGACCCUGCCUCUGGCCCCAGCGCAGCCGAAAAGCCAGGGAGGAGGGGACAGAGCUAGAAUCAGUGCCACUUUGCAGCAGCAAAGAUCUAGACGGAGUGGAAACAGAGAGCGGGGGCCCUCCUGCCACCUCUGGCCUCCUCACCCCAGACCCGCUGGAUCGAGAGGACUGGAGCCUGUCCCAGAAUAAGAGUGUCCUGGACUGCCCUCACCAGCACCAGCCCCUAGACCUGCAUGGGAAGGAUGAACAGAUCUGCUGACCUCAGGACCUGACUGACUCCACAGGGGACAGGCUUUUCCUUCCCCAAAUUGGGGAGCUCUGGGGAGAAAGCAGUCCUCAUGCUGACAUCUGAACUCGGAAACCUAAACAGCACCCUCACAAGGAGGGUGAGGGCCUUCUUAGGUCCAAGUGGGGAAGGAUGGGUGCCAGAGAACAACCUGACAAGAGCCCCGGGAUCUUCCUCCAGAUGGACAGGAGUUUUUGGUGAGGAAGGUCUUGGACAAGGGAUUGGCGCCCCCUUGGGGCAGGCCUCCACCCUCGUUCCUCUUGGACAAGCUGGUUGUCUAGCUCCCCCGUGCGUGGGACCCCCGCCUCUGCAUGGGUUGAGAAGACGCCUGCCACGGCCAGGAGAGCAUCUCAACAGAACGUCACAGGGGUCGCUUGGGAGGAGGACUUGGGGGUAAAGGCUGGGAAGAGGCCCCGGACGUGCCGUCCAGAAAGCAGCUUGACGCCUCAUCAGAAGCCACCUCGAAAGCACCCCCAACUCCUCCGCCCCUGCCCCCUUCAUCCUUCUGAGGAUUGGUGUGACGCUCCUGGCACAGCUGGGAUGGGUGCGGCUCCCAGGACCUGUGCUGCCUCAUCAGGGAACCCUGCGGCAGGGCUGUUGAGCCGGAGUCAGACGUGUGUUUUAGGGGACAGCCUUGGGAGCCACUGCCACUCCAGCCCUGCGACCACCCUGUCUUCCUCUGCAAAGUGCUCAGGGAAAUGGCCUUCUCCCGAGGCCAGCUGUCUGCCUGCAGGCUGUGACUUCCUCCCGUUCUCGGCCUUCCGCCCUCUUCGGAGCUGGUUGCUAAUCAGUUGAUUUGACAUUUUUUAAUGCUUAAGAUUUGCUUUUCUCUUUUCACAGCAACAUUUUGGAAUUUUUUUCUGCACAGCUUUUCCAAAAUAAAAACCUUCCAAACAAUUCUCCA